GCAGUGUGCUGCCCCGCGUGUGAUGUCGAUUGUCGACAGUUACUAUCUUCCUUACUAUGCCCCAGUGUUCGCGUUCGAAAGCGAAAACUCCAAGGAAAUAUGGGCAGAGACUGUGAAAGAGAUCCGGCGGGAUUUGUCGCUAGCUUUACGGUUGCCGCACAAGGAAUUCUGGACACUUGCCGCCGGAAAUGCGAGUUUUGUUCCGUGUUUGGAGUCGUACCUUCGUUCCGCACGUCGUCCCUACGACAUUUGGGAACUCGAUCUGGACGGUGAGACGAACGCAUCGCUGCAGGCCAUUCAUCGGCUCGUUUUCGGCAUUUUUGCGCGUUUCGCGGAAUUUCGGAGCUGCGAAAUCAGCGGGAAAACGAGCGAGGACCUGUUGGUCUUCUUGGUGAAGCGACGCGUGUUUGAUCCGUCGAAUAUCCUCGAUCUCUGCACCGUCUACUCCAAUGGCAGCAGUGCUGGGGCCGUGCAUCGUCUCAUCCGACUCCUUUUGAGGGAAUCUGCAUUUGCACUUCCGCUGCUCAAGGUACUU